GACAGACACACGCAGCAUGGUGGCAUCCAUACAUGCUGCAGAGUGAACUGGCAAGGGAAAAAAUCCAGUUCGUUGUAUUUUCAGUUCUCAACUGACGUUCGUCCAUGAUCACUUCCUUUCUUCGUAUUUCAUUUCUUCUGGACAUUUUUUAAGGCUGCUAUCUUCCCUUGUGUCAAGAAAAAUAGGGUAGUGCAACUCUGAACGACAGCCUCGAACACAGAGGCCGAGCGGAAAAAUGCUAGGUUUGUUCAAUUUCCAGUCUCUGCUUACCAUUAUCCUGCUGUUGAUUUGUACCUGCACCUACAUACAUCACCUAUGGCCAUCACUCCUUGACAGGAACAAAACUGGGGUUAUGGGGACGUUUUGGAAGUGUGCACGGAUAGGUGAAAGGAAAUCGCCAUACAUCUCUGCUUGCUGCCUUGCAAUGGCAAUAGCCAUGGUGUUUUGGACUUGAUUGUGAUUUUUCUUUUACUCUCCUUCUACUCUUCCAUCUUAUGAUAAUUGUCCUCACAAGAAGGGUGUCAUUAUGAAUAAAUGAAAUGGAACAUUCCAUUGUGAUCCCCA